GAUCAAGGGCACACAUUCCUGGCAGAUGACAUACGAGACGGAGCGAUCGAAGUCCACUUGAAGGCUGGGAACACGAUGAUGAUCCCUACGGGCUGGAUUCACGCAGUAUACACGCCUGAAGAUUCGAUUGUCAUUGGGGGGAACUUUCUGCAUGGACUCAAUAUCGAUGGGCAACUCAACAUCUAUGAGAUCGAGAAGCGGACCAAUGUUCCUGCCAAAUUCAGGUAUCCGUACUUUGAGAUGAUGCAAUGGUAAGUCGCGCCUGAGCGGUGUUUUCGAUCAGUGGGUUUCUGAUCUGACGUCCGUCCAGGUAUGCUGCUCGCAAGUACAUGAAGAUAGUGAAGAAUGCGCUGGAGGUCCUGUCUCCGUGGGAGGUAAAAGGAUUGGACGCUCUGUUGACAUUCCUGAAAGGGAUAAGUACGACCAAAGCGGAAGAUCGGAGAAACUUGAAGCGUAGUGUGCCCAAGGGUCUGAAAAACAUCGACAAUUUGCUCAGGAAGUUUACGCAACACAUGAACAGGGCACGCAGCAAGAGGGUGGAAGGAAAGGACCUUAUUCCAAUGUCGCGGGUCGACACUCCUUCGCACGCCUCAUCGGAAACGUCUAGCGUCGUCGUGAGUGGUGGUGGUGAGGUUGAUCAGAAACCUCCUGCUUCCACCGAGCAGCAAGACAUGGAUGUGCCCACGCCGAGUGGAGUACCUACCACAUUACUAGAACUAGCCCAGCCGAUCUCGGACAGCGAGGAUUCAGACGACGGCGAAAAGAACGGUGGAGGUGGGCCACUGGACGAUGCGGACGAUUCGUCAGAUUGGGACGAUGGGUCCGACGAUGAUGAGGACAGUGAGGACAUGUAUGGAGGGAAUACCACGGAUAGCGCCGAUGAGGACGCUCACGCGUAUAUACCGGGAAAGUUCAAGAAGAAGAGGCCGAUGACGACGAGGAAACGGAAACUCGAGGCUGAUGUGGAGAAGACGUCGAUGGCGGCGGAGGACAAAUCAGUAGGGGGCACACCACCGGCAACGGUAGCAGCGCCUGCGAAGCGACGGAAAAAGAGCUCGACAGCAGCAGCUGCAGCGGCUGCCACUCCCGACCCGCCAAUGGCAGGUAACGCCCUAAAAACUUCUCUGCAGGGUCGAGGUGCGUCCUCAGCUUCACCUCUGCCCCACCCGGUAGACCCUCAACAAAAGACCGAGGAAGCGGUCGCGUCCGGGAAGGAAAAAGACAGGGUAGCCUCAGCCACCCUUCCCGCGACGGCAACCGUGCGAGGUGGAUCCGUGGCGUCCGGGGCACGGCAGGAGUCCAAAGAGAUUGGAGUGAAGAUUGCGUUUACGCCACAGCUGCCGUCUGAUGCGCCCGCGUGGGUUACGGGGCAUGCGCCGCAUCAACCGCUGAAUGUUCCAGCGAGACAUGUUCCUGGAGGAUCCGCUGCUCAGCCUUUGGGUUUGGGACAAGCACCGGGCGAGCCGCAGACUGCACCUGUAGUAACUUCAACUACGCCUCGCGCUCCCACCGCGGCAUCGACGAAACUCCCGCAAUUUAAAUCUGUAGCAGCAACUUCAGCACAGCAGCGGCAAUCCCCAAACACACUUCAAUUUCAGCCACUAGCAGCAGCACCUCAGCAACGGCCGGCUUUCAAACCGUCAAACAUGAACGGGUCGUCACCAUCCGGCAACCUCAUGUCGGGCCUACCACCGUUCUUGAUGCCUCUGCCAGGGGCUGCCCCGACGUCCUAUAUACCACCCGCACCGGCAUCGGCAUCGGCACCAAAUCCGCUCUUUGUGCCAGAUCCGAUCCCGCCUCCACCUCCUCGCAGCGCGUCGGCAUCGACGUCAGCGGCCCUACCGUUCCCGUACUGGGCGUUUGCACCGAACGUUGGUGGUGGGGAAGCGUCUGCGCCGAACAACGCGGCGUCGUUACCGCCCUUCCUGGGUUGUAUGGCCCCUGCGCCCUCAUCGUCGACGAUGAUUCCGUUUCCGAUAAUGGGAGCUUUUGCACCGGAUGCGAUGGCGAGCGGUGGUCCGUACCUCGUGCAGCAGCAAGCACAACUACCACCCCACCAAGAGCUGGCGUUUCCCGUGUAUCACCCGCACGAACAGCCGCUACUGCUCGCGAACCACCUGGAGCAAUUCCAGCAGCACAGGUGGUGCCACAACAGCAACCGCAGAAUGGUCAUCACGUACAAUUGCAGCCGCCGCCGCCGCCGCCUCCACAGCAGCAAUCGCAGCAACACCAACAAUUCGCCCCACCCGCACCUACAGUCCCCCUGACAUCCCUGCAAGCGGUCCUGCAACGUCAACAAAUGGCGAUGUACUCGCAACAGCAGGAAUCGUCACAGUCGCAGGAUCCAACACAAAUACCAUCACAA